AGCAAUGAAGAACACGGACAAGGCUCCCUGGGCUUUGGUUCCAACGAUGGCCAGUGUCCAGCUGGUCCCACCAGCACGUCCGCAGCGGUGCUUUUGUGGUCAUGUGCGGACGUGGGCACGUGGCAAAUGGCUGAUUCAAGGAGCAAAGUCGUGGAGGACUUUGAGAGACGGGGACCCUUAAGGCGGGCGUCUCCCUGAAUCCUGCACCCCAGGCACCUCGCUCUAGUCCCAGCUCUGCCGUGAGGAGCGUCUGCAAGAGGAAACUGGACCCAUCUCACGAGCCAGGUGACUCGGAAGCUCCGAGGAGUCAGCAGCACACAACGGUGAAGCGCCUUCCCUUGGUGCCACAGUGCCUCCGUACAGAUGCACGUUCUGGUGCUCGCAAGCUCUGUGACCUUGAGCAGGUCACGACCUCUCUGUGCCUCAGUUAACUCAUCUGCAAAAUGGGGUGAAUUAUAGCCCUACCUCACAGGGGUGUUGUGCUGGUAUCUAAAGGACACAUGCUAGCUGAAUGUUACUGUUAUCAUUCUUAUACGUUCAUCUUAAAAAGCUGUACAGAAAGUCAAGAUGCAAACCUAAAGCAAACCAAAAUAUGCAUACUUCGGGGAAAUUAACAGAGUAUCAGGAAAGCAGUGAAUACUGCCUUGACGUUUGGAAAUUCUUCACUAAGGGCACGGGUUCAGUUAGUGAUAGAGUUCCACUUCGGUCCUCAUGGUGCCUCUUUGCUUGUCUCCACAGUGAAUAAUUACAUAAUCGCAGUGUGGCAAAUGUGGACUCCUCUCUCGUUUUGGAAUCAACCCAUGGACAAAUCUGUGGAAAGCCCAAUCGCAGUUGCAGAGCAAAAUGUAGAUGUUACAAAUGGUCUUUGACACCAUAAAAGGGAUGGCACAGCUAAGCGGGAGACGCAAAGGAAAUAUAUACCCCUGAAACAAAUAUAUAUAACUGAAACUUUAUACCCAUUGAACAGCAACCCCAGGAGUACGUUAAUUUCUCCUGUAACCUGGGCUCGCCAAGCCCAUCGGUCUGGUGGAGGGGCCAGGCGGCCUGGGCCAGGGCGGCAUGGCAGCCACACUGCGUGACAACAGCCAGGAGACAGAGGGCAAGUUUGAGGAAUACGGGUACAACGCGCAGCUCAGCGACCGCAUCUCCCUGGACAGGACCAUCCCUGACUACAGGCCCAAAAAGUGCAGGCGGAUGACCUACCCGGCCCAGCUGCCCCAGAUCUCCGUGGUGUUCAUCUUUGCCAACGAAGCCCUCUCGGUCAUCCUGCGCUCCGUCCACAGCGUGGUCAACCGCACGCCCUCCCGGCUGCUCAAGGAGGUCAUCCUGGUGGACGACAACAGCGAUAACGUGGAACUCAAGCUCAACCUGGACCAGUACGUCAGCAAGAGGUACCCGGGCCUUGUGAAGAUCGUCCGAAACAGCAGGAGAGAAGGGCUGAUCCGGGCUCGGCUGCAGGGCUGGAAGGUCGCCACGGCCCCUGUUGUGGGCUUCUUUGACGCCCACGUGGAGUUCAGCACGGGCUGGGCCGAGCCCGCCCUCUCGCGGAUCCGGGAGGACCGCCGGCGCAUCGUCCUGCCCGCCAUCGACAACAUCAAGUACGACACGUUUGAGGUGCAGCAGUACGCCAGCGCGGCGCACGGCUACAACUGGGGCCUCUGGUGCAUGUACAUCAUCCCGCCCCAGGACUGGCUGGACCGCGGGGACGAGGCGGCGCCCAUCAGAACCCCGGCCAUGAUCGGCUGCUCCUUCGUGGUGGACCGGGAGUACUUCGGGGACAUCGGCCUGCUGGACCCGGGCAUGGAGGUGUAUGGUGGGGAGAACAUCGAGCUGGGCAUGAGGGUGUGGCAGUGCGGCGGCAGCAUGGAGGUCCUGCCCUGCUCCCGCGUGGCCCACAUCGAGCGCACCAAGAAGCCCUACAACAACGACAUCGACUACUACGCGAAGCGCAACGCCCUGCGGGCGGCCGAGGUGUGGAUGGACAGCUUCAAGUCCCACGUGUACAUGGCCUGGAACAUCCCCAUGAGCAAUCCCGGCGUGGACUUUGGGGACGUGUCCGAGCGGCUGGCCCUGCGCCAGAGGCUGAAGUGCCACAGCUUCAAGUGGUACCUGGACAACGUGUACCCGGAGAUGAGGACCUACAACGACACGCUCACGUACGGAGAGGUGAGAAACAGCAAAGCCAGCGGCUACUGCUUGGACCAGGGGGCAGAAGACGAUGACCGGGCCAUCCUGUACCCCUGCCACGGGAUGUCCUCCCAGCUGGUGCGGUACAGCGCCCAGGGCGUGCUGCAGCUGGGCCCCCUGGGCUCCACCGCCUUCCUGCCCGACUCCAAGUGCCUGGUGGAUGACGGCAGGGGCCGCACGCCCGCCCUGAGGAAGUGCGAGGACGUGGCCCGGCCAGCGCAGCGGCUGUGGGACUUCACCCAGGAGACCCUGGGACAGAUGUGUGCACGGUCCUGUCUGGGGGCUCCCAGGGCUCCGGUCCUGUCUGGGGGCUCCCAGGAGAGGCUGCAGGGACGAGCUGUCGCUGUCGCAGGCGGAGCCAACGAGCUCAGCGGUCCCCAGGAGGCCGUGUUGGGGGCCAGCACGCUGAGGCCAGCGUGCAUGGGAAGGACCUGUCUGGAGAAGGAUGGAGAACAUACAGGACACGAGCUUGGGGGGCGGUCCCAUCGUGAGCAGAGACACGGGCCGGUGCCUGGAGGUAGAGAUGUCCAAGGACGCCAACUUCGGGCUCCGGCUGGUGGUGCAGAGGUGCUCGGGGCAGAAGUGGACCAUCAGAAACUGGAUCAAGCCAGGGAGGCACUGACCCCCAGGCUCACCCUAUGCCCCCGCCCCAGCGCAGACCCCAAGGACCUGGGGCAGGCGUGGGGCCCCUCCCACUCAGCCCACCACUGGAACCCAAAGGGCCCUGGCCGUGCCCGCUCCACCUCGGGCGGGGGAGGGAACCUGUCCUCAGCUGCCGGCGGGUCAUGGGGACAUGGGGACCUCCCCCCCUCCAGGAGCGCGGACCCCCCGCAGCUGGCGGCUGUGCCUGCGCGCAUCAGCUGACCGCCAACUCCAGAUCUGAAUCACGUGCCUUUUCUACGGUAUUCCUGCGAGCCGCCAGCGGCCACCUCCUUGCAUGCGCUGAAG